AUGUCGAGCUCAUCAAAUCAAGUAUAUGGUGGUGAUGAAAUUUGUGCUGUUGUCAUCGAUCCGGGUUCCUUUACUACAAAUAUUGGCUUUUCUGGUUCGGACUAUCCGCAAUCUAUUCUUCCAUCAUGUUAUGGUGCGAUAACAGAAAUAGAAGACCAACAAGCCGACCAUAACAAACCAGACGAAUCUGCAGCUAAUAAUACUGAGAAUGCUAGUAAGAUUAAGAUAAGAAAAGUAUUUAAUGAACAAUCUGUUGGCUAUCCAAGAGCUAACUACGAGAUCAAACCAAUUGUUCAAAAUGGUGAAGUUGUGGAUUGGGAUGCUGCACAGGAACAAUGGUCAUGGGCUUUAGAAAAUGAAUUAUUUUUGAAAUCAAAUGAAGGUGUCCCUGCAUUAUUAACUGAACCAAUUUGGAAUACUGUAGAAAAUAGAAAAAAAUCUUUAGAAGUCCUGCUUGAAGGCAUGGGGUUUGAAGCUUGCUAUCUUUCUGCUACCCCAACUUGUGUAUCAUUUGCUGCGGGUAGAUCAAAUUGUUUAGUCGUUGACAUUGGUCAUGAUAUAAUCAGCGUCAGUCCAGUUGUGGAUGGUAUGACAUUUUCUAAAAGUACAAGGAGAAAUGUGAUUUCUGGUAAAUAUUUAAAUGUCUUGAUCAAUGAUUUUUUGAAACCAAGAGAAAUUGUACCAUUAUUCGAAAUCAAACAAAGAAAGCCAACUUUAGUUAAAAAAACAUUUGAUUUCCCAAUUCAUGACUCCUUGAAAACAUAUGCAAAUGAUCGUGGUAUUUAUCAAGAAAUUAAGGAAGCUCUUUGCCGUGUUUCUCCAAAUUCUAGUUUAGAGAAAUAUAAACCUGAACUAGAAAAAAUGUCCAAGAGAAAAUAUGAAACAUUAUGGAAUGAAGAUAUAGUAUUCGACAAUGAAACCAUAUACGGUUUCGGUGAACAACUGUUUAUUCCAAAAGAAAAUGAUAUUCCAGUUGAUUGGAAUACCUCUAAAGAUGGGAUUGUUGAAACAUGGCAUAAUGACUAUAUUCCUUUGAAGAGAAAUAAACCAGCUGGUACAGUUAAAACAGAUAAAGAAGCCACAGAGGAACUAACUCCUGCCGUAGAUAACGCAACACCAUCUGAAGAUACCAAUGAUAAUGGUAAAAGACCAAUUGGGAAUGAAGGAGAAGAAAAGGAAAAGAUAAUACCAGGUAUAGUUGAUUUAAUAGAAUCAUCGAUAAACGCAGCUGAUGUUGAUUUACGUACUUCUUUAGCACAUAAUGUUGUCUUAACCGGUGGUACAUCAUGUAUACCCGGUUUGAGUGAUAGAAUUUUACUAGAGUUAAACAAAAGAUUACCAGCAUUAAAAUUUAGAGUGUUGGCAAAUGGUCAAACAAGGGAAAGACAAUAUCAAUCAUGGUUAGGUGGAAGCAUAUUAUCAAGUCUGGGUACUUUUCAUCAAUUAUGGGUUGGUAAACAAGAAUACGAAGAAAUAGGGGCAGACAGACUAUUAACUGACAGAUUUAGAUAA